AGACGGCCAAUGCUCGGAAGGAUUGAAGAGUUCAGGGUCACAAGACAAAGGAGCAGAAGUAGGCCAUUCGGCCCAUCGAGUCUGCUCCGCCACUCCAUCAUGAGCUAAACUAUUCUCCCCUCCAGUUCCAAUUUCCGGCUUUUUCCCCAUAUCCCUUGACACCCUGACUAACUAGAUACCCAUCAAUCUCCUCCUUAAACAUCCUCAAUGAUUGGGCCUCCAGUUGUUUAAUUAAAUUUUCCGCCAGUCUGCCGCAGAUGUGACGUGCUGAGGAGAAACCGCCACAAAUUCGCAGCGAUUUUGCACUUUACAAAGUGACCAUCAGCGCUGGGUGACUCCUGUCCCGAGUCGACGCCUCCUUUACCCAACAUGUCACUACUCGGAAGCUUACUGUACUCGGUCUGGCUGUUUCUCCCGGCUCCCGCUGUUGGCCUGAAAGUGAACCAGACACCUUCGGCUCUGACCCUUCUCCGAGGACAGACAGCUCGGAUCUACUGUUCCCUGUUAUCCGGGGACGAGCCGGUGGAUUCGGCGAGGUAUUAUUGGACUCGGACACGAGACAAACCUGUAAACGGGUCCAGUAAUUUCCUGAAAAAUAACACUCGGAUCUGUCUAUCGGGGAAAGAAGGCUGGCUGGUCAUUCGCGACGUGACUGUGGAUGACUCUGACACUUACCAAUGCUCAGCGCUGACAAUGGAUUCGAACCCCUGGAAAACAUAUUUUGGAAGCGGAACAGAAGUGACCAUCCGAGCGAAGCCUGACGUCUCCCUCUGUCUGGAUCCCAAGAACGAAGCCGCUGGGGUUCAGACCCUGAUUUGUGUGGCUGCGGGAUUUUUCCCGAAAGAUCUGAGUAUUUCUUGGACCGUAACGGGAAAUGUCUCGUAUGAAACAGAGGCGGAUCUGCUGAGGGUAAACGAGGACAAAACCUACAACCUGAGCUCCCGGCUGCGGGUGACCGACUCUCGGCGGGGGUCAGUACCCGACAUCACCUGCCUGGUUCACCACGUUACAGGGAGUGUGAGGAAAAGUUUCACUUUCAACCGAGCGAAGCCUGACGUCUCCCUCUCACUGGAUCCCAAGAACGAAGCCGCUGGGGUUCAGACCCUGAUUUGUGUGGCUGCGGGAUUUUUCCCGAAAGAUCUGAAUAUUUCUUGGACUGUAACGGGAAAUGUCUUGUAUGAAACAGAGGCGGAUCCGCUGAGGGUAAACGAGGACCAUACCUACAACCUGAGCUCCCGGCUGCGGGUGACCGACGCUCGGCGGGAGUCAGUUCCCGACAUCACCUGCCUGGUUCACCACGUUACAGGGAGUGUGAGGAAAAGUUUGACUUUCAACCGAGGAUUCUCCAAGAAUUAUUUUGCUCUGUUGACUCUUAUCCUCAUUGUACCAUUAUGCCUCUGGAUUAUUAAUAAUCGAUGCUGUAAACACAAGAAUGGAAAAGAUUCAUCAGCCCAUGACAAAAAUGUUGAUAAUCAAACAAAGAGAAAAUGGAAGAAGGAUGUUGAUAAUCAAAUAAAGAGAAAAUGGAAGAAAGAUUCAGGAAACAGAGUUAACGUUUCUUUAAGAGAUGAAACUCUGCAAUAUGCAUCUGUUUAUUUCAGCAAUCCUCCCAAAGAGAAGCAAAGGCAAGAAGUGAGAAGUCCAGCACAGGCCCAUGAAUCAGAAUAUGCUGUUUUAAAGGUCAAAGAUAAAAAUAAUCUUUUCUAUGAGGAACCUGUAUGUAAUUUCACAGUCAGCGUUUGUCCCACGUCAAAUACAGCCCAGACUGCUAAUUACCGCACAACCACAAGCUUUUCUCUACAACAAUUUACGUAGAACAUAGGAAACAGAAACUAAUGAAGGUGGCACAGCUCCUGAAAUUGAUGUCUUCUUUCAAUGAACUCUUGACCAAUAGCACAUCUGUGACCGGUUCCCGAUUCCCUGGGGCUCAUAAUCCUAUUGAUCUCAAUAAAUGAGCAUUGUGUGUGCCUGUUGAGCCAGAGAACUCCAAACUUGGUCAAUAUUUUUCUUUCCAUCACAAUUUUGGAUGACUGAAGCUAGUGGUGGAUUAUUUUGUAAAAGCGAACAGUCUCCCGUCAGUUCCUUUUUGAAUCUUAUGUUUCAUAAAGAGAUCUGCUCACUUUCUCUUCACAGGACCACUCUUUCAUCUCAAGAAUCGGUCUAGGGAAUCUAUGCUUGACUGAAUCCAAGAUGGAUUCAUGCUUUCUUUAAUAAGGAGGCAUGUGCUCCAAACAUGGUUUCAUAAUAUCAGAAAACUAGCUUGAAUUUGAAUUCCAAAUUCUUUGCAAUGAACACCCAUUUCGUUUCUACUUUCCUAUUUGCUUGCUAUACUUGCAUGUUUCUUUUUUACAUCUCAGGAACUAAUACUUUAAGACUUAACACACCAAUAAUUUUACAUUCUCACUUAAUAAAAGGACUGAGAAUUUCUUGUGAGCAAUGAAAUUAUGGCAGUCCUCAUCACCACCCUUCCCUUUCUAUCACCAUCCACACCAGCAUGGACCUUCAGGUAGCAACGUCAUCCAUCAUGUUGGCCUAGUGCUCGGUGAAGACCUAUAGAACAUAGUCUUCAGCAAAUACAGGUGUCAUGGGGCCAGGCUUAAAUUUGCUCUGACUAUAGAACUGCUUUGACAACCAUCCAAGUGUGAUAUUAAUCAGCUGUUUUCAAACUUUUGAACCACCAACAAACUUUUAAUUCAAUUAAAAAUAAGGACCCCCAAUUAAUUCAAGAAGUUGAAAAAUGAGCUGAAAGCAGCCUCUCUCUAUCAGAGCCAUUAUUGUCAACAGAGAGAAUUGAGCUGCAGAAUCUGGUAGUGCAGUGAACAAAUAUUCCAAUAGUAUUUUUAGGAACCUGCAAGAAAUUGGUGCUGUAUCACAAGGAGUCCAUUGUCAGGGAGCAACAGGGAAUUAAUUAGCAACGAGGAUGUUUUGGACUUCUGCAUUGGCACUGGAGCCUGUAACAUGCUGACAACUAUAGACGGAAGAGCAUUUCUUAGGAAAACCUGUUUCUUUAUCCUUCAGACCAAAUAUUUUCAAGAUUAUACUCCAUCUGCCACUUUCCUGCCAACUUGUUUGACCUGCCCACAACUAUUUGCAGGUCCUUUGUUUCUUCUUCAAAGCUCAGCUACCCACUUGGAUCAAGGGUGCUAUAACUCAGCUCUUCACCUAAAGCCAUUAAUAGAUUUGAACCUCCUACUGCUUCCCGAGGCAGUCACUCAUGCCAACUUUCCAGUCAGACAGUGGUUUGCUUAUUCUGUAUCUCACUUCAUGGCUCCAAUAUUUCAAAACAGUCAAUCAUUGUUCAUUCAAUGGGAAGUCCAACUGAUUAAUACUUUAAAUGCUUAAGACACAACACAAUGCUAAAUUAAUCCAUUAUAUUUUCAUAUGCAUUUAAAAUUAAUCUUAUUAAUAAAUACAAUACAUUUUAGAUUUAAUCAUAUUUGUUAUAGUUAAUUUUUGAUAAGAAGGAACAAAGAAUAGGAAAUAUUAGUGGCAUUACUCCUUUGUGCCUGCUCCACCAUUUGACAAAAUAGGGAAAUUCAUUUAUUAUUGCCACAUAUAGUGUGGUGCAGCGAAAACUUUAUCUUGCAUGUUCAUUACAACAGUGCAUUGAGGCUGUACAAGAUAAAACAGUAACAGAAUGAAGAAUGGAGUGUUACAGAGAAAUUGCAGUGCAGGUAAGGUACAUAGUGCAAGGUAGAUAGUGAGGUCAAGGGACGAUCUUAUCAUAGGGAACUGUUCACUGAUCUUAUAACAGCAGGACCGAAUCUGUCCUUGAUCCUUGUGGCUCAAGAUCAUGGAUGACUGUUUACCUCAGCACCAUCUUCUUGGAUGCACUUAGAGACAGAGCAUCUGCACCCUCUUGGCCAGUGAAUUUCAAGGAUUCACUGUUGUUAGGAUG